AUGAGACAAUUUUAUCAAUGUAUUGAGCAAGUUGGUGGAAUUGAUACAGGAAUUGGGUUGAGACCAGAUGUUGUCACUAGAUGGAACUCCACCUACAUAAUGCUUGAGAGUGCACUCAAGUAUCGUCGUGCAUUUCAUAGUUUAAGCUUAUGUGAUAAAAAUUAUAGGUGGUGCCCAUCAAGUGAUGAGUGGACAAGAGGGGAGAUAAUUUGUGAAUUCUUAAAGCCAUUUUAUACUAUCACUAAUUUGAUUUCUGAAUCCUCUUACCCUACAUCUAAUUUGUAUUUUGGGGAAAUUUGGAGGAUAGAGUGUCUCUUGACAUCCAACUUGAAAAAUGAUGAUGAGUUGAUUGCAAGUAUGAGUGCAAGGAUGAAAGAAAAAUUUGAUAAGUAUUGGAGUGAUUAUAGAGUGGUUCUUGCAUUUGGGGCGAUUCUUGAUCCAACCAAGAAGUUUAACUUUUUGAGGUACACUUAUUCAAAGCUCAAUCCUUAUAACUAUGAAGAGAAGUUGGAAAUGGUGAAGACGGCUUUGUAUAGGCUUUAUGGUGAAUAUGUUAACAAUGGUUUAUCAAGUUCAAGUUCAAUGCCUUGCUCAAAUGUUAGUGGAUCACAAAUUUUCAUUGGAGGUGAACAAGCAAAGAAGUCAAAAAAUAUAUAUGAUGAUUUUGAAGCAUUUGAUUGCCAAGUUUCUAACGAUGUCGGAAAAUCCCAACUUGAUCUUUAUUUGGAAGAGCCAAGGAUUCCAAUAUCGGGAGCAUUUGAUGUCUUGGCAUAUUGGAGAGAGCGAGCUAAUAGAGGAAAAAUUAUUGCAAAGAUGGCUUGUGAUAUAUUGAGUAUUCCAAUAACAACCGUAGCAUCAGAGUCCGCUUUUAGCAUUGGAUCUCGUAUUUUGAACAAGUAUAGAAGUCGUUUCUAUGAUGAAACAAUUCAAGCUCUCUUGUGCACACGAAGUUGGUUGCAUGGUUUUGGAGAUGAUGAUGAGGAGGAGGAGUCAAGCAUUGAUGAUAUAAGACUUUCUAAACAAGACUCAAAUGUUGUUGUUGAUGAAGAGGAUGAAGAUUAA